UCAAUGUCGAGCCGAGCGACAGAUCGCACCGAGCGAGGAGGCUGCGUGCGUGCUUUGUCGACGAAAAGGCCGCCGCACGGGCCUUGGUUUUGCGCCUCAUCACUUUCGUUGGUGAUCAAGAGCCGGUGAUGCCCAGCUCACUCUUCGACCAUCAAUCUGACCUCCCUUUCCCCGGCUCACCAUGGAGAGUGAGAAUGAAAGACCACAGGAGCGUCGAGCUCUCGUAGCUCGUCUCUAUCAAGAGGAGCUCUUCAAGAGAGGCAAAGAAGGCAAUACGAUCGCAUGCAUUGAGACUGGCACCGGCAAGACGAUGAUCGCCGCCAUGCUCAUCGAGCACAUGAUGGCCGCCGAGCAGAUCAAGCCACUGGCUCAACGCCGCCUAGCCAUCUUCGCUGUGCCCCUCGUACCCCUCGUUCAUCAGCAGGCUACCUUCAUUGACGCUAAUACCGAGGCCAACGUCGAGAUUCUCUGCGGAGAGAUUGAAACCGAAUGUAGCACCAGAAAGUGGUGGGAUGAUAACAUCGACCGCGGCGUCGAUGUCGUCGUCUGCACCGCACAAGUCUUUCUAAAUGCCCUCUCACACGCCUACCUCAGCCUCUCCUCCGUCAACCUGAUCGUAUUUGACGAAGCUCACCACGUCGUGGGCGACGACGUCUACAGGCGUAUCAUGGACCACUAUCGCCUUCUACUACCCCGUGUCCGACCCAAAAUCUUUGGCAUGACAGCCAGCCCACUCCUCACAUCCACCAAGUCGCUCGAAGUUGCCUCUUCUCGACUCGAAUCCAUCCUCGACUCCAAGAUCUUUGCACUCUCACCCGAAGCUCGCGAAGAGCUGUCAAUUGUGUCCAAUCACCCCACUGAGCUCGUCAUCGAGUACGACCGGGCCCCCAAUUGGGCCGACAUCAGUUCGCGCGUCGCACCUGCCGUUCGCACUCGAUUGGUGGCCGAGUUCCAAGGCAAGCACAAGGACUUUGAAAAGUUGCUCGGCGGGAUGGACUGGCAUUGGGAGGAGCUGGGGCCGGCUUUCAGUGACCUCGCCUGGCUGAGCUCUAAGCAAGACAUCCUGGGCAAAGCCGCAAUCAAGGAGCACUACGCACGCGUGAUGGAAACGACAGACCUCGUGAAUCCCCAAUUCGAUGACACCUCACGAGCAGCCCAGCUCCGUGACUCAGCAUACUUUCGCCGCCAGGUCGUCAACUUCCUCGAUGACAUUCCAGUCCCCGACAUCAUCGAGCUUCACGAGGGCAAUGCUUCGCCAAAGCUGCUCAGGUUCAUCCAAGCGCUCGAGUGCUUCAAGCCACACGCCAAGGAGUUCUGCGGUAUGAUCUUCACAGGGCGUCGAGUCACUGCCAUUGCUCUGCAGAUGCUUAUUGAGAGAUCACCCAGCCUCUCAUCUUGGAUCCACAGUGAGGCAUUGGUAGGUCAUUCCGGCGGAGGGAUGGCAGCUUCAUUUGGCGUAGCGGGUCAGGGAAUGACGUGGGAGCAGCAAAAUGACGUCUUGAUGCGCUUCAGGCGUCGAGAUCCUACAAACCUCGUCAUUGCAACGAGCGUCCUCGAAGAAGGCCUUGACAUCACGCCAGUCAAUUGCGUCAUCCGCUUCGACCUACCCAAUCACCACGUCGGCUACGUUCAAAGUCGAGGCCGAGCACGAGCCCAAGACUCGACCUACUUGCUCUUUGCAGAGAAGCACAACAAGGCACAUCUCUCUGUCAUCAAGGGAGUCAUUAAAGCCGAGUCAGAUCUGCAACAAUGGCUGCGAGCACAGCCAGACGACCGCAAAAUGCCUUGGGGAGAACGCCAAGAUGAAGCUAGGCUCGAGCGUGAGGCGUUUCUACACGAUGAGCGCUCCGGCCUUCUCCAACAGCGCCUCGUCAUUGAGUCAACCGGCGCUUGCGUCUUUCCAAUCGACACGGUUGCCAUCCUAGCUCACUACGUCGCACUGCUCCGCACCGACGAGUUCUGCGCAACUCGCCCACACUACGAGAUGCAAGACAAUGGCUGCCAGCACGGCCUACGCUUCAAGGCUAAGCUACAUCUGCCUGCCAACUCUCCCCUGACUCUCAUCGAGGGACCGCUCACUCGAUCCAAAAAGGCAGCCAGGCGCCUCGCAGCGUUUGAGGCAGUACACCAGCUCCACCAACUGAGCGAGCUGGAUGACCAUCUUGCACCCAAGCAGAGACCCAAGACGUUCCCGGAGGUUACGGCCGCGCUACACUACAAUCUCAAGGGGAUCGGCGAGAUAGUUGACGGAGUAACGCCCAAGAAUACCCUCUCCUUUGCCCCGAAGCUGCCGCCCGUCUUUGAUACACCUGGCAUCAAGGUCGAGGCAUCGGUCGAUGUCUAUCGCAGCGAGCUGGAUUUCCCCGGCGUCGACGAUGCAGGCGAAGCCUUCCACCCUCUCGCACUCAUCACAAAGAGCGCCCUGCCUUGUAGCGAGAUGGCGCCCAUCACCUUUGCCAGCUACCAAGGUCAACCAUCUUGCGAGCUGCCUAUCCUGGGUCAAGCUCAGAGUAUGCGCCUGGGCGAGCAGCAGCUACUUCAUGCUCGCAUUUACACCCUCCGUCUCCUCGCUCUCAUUUCCUCGCGACUCUUAGAGGGCAAAGAGAUGCCAUAUCUGAUCCUGCCACUCGACAAGGAGACGCGCGAGAUUGACUGGCAAGCCAUCGAUGCUGCGAGUGAGGGCUCGGCGAUCUCCAAAGUCCCACGCCACCCAGAAGAGCAUUGGGUGCUAGACAAACUCGUCCUGGACUCGCCGCGCGUGGGCAGCGGUGCUCGAGCUUUCCGAGCUCUCAAGGUUGAUCACGACAAGACACCGCUCAGCAAGAUUCCAGGACGCGAAGGAGAGGAAGGCGCAGCGACGACGUACUGGGACGACGCUGUUGCCCGCAAGAUGCGGCAAGAGAAUGUAGACGCCGACAAUAUGAGCCCCUCUGACGAUCAGCCCCUCAUCGAAGCAGUGCGAUUGGCUCAACGCCUUGACAACUACCUUGUCCCCAUGCAGCGCCGGGCCAAGUCGACCACAGCCAGUCCGGACUACCUCAUCCCACAGCUGACCUGGCAGCACAGCAUUACCGCCUCCGUUUUCGAGUCGGCACGCAUGGUCCCUUCCUACCUCGCUGGUCUCGAGCACGCCCUCAACGCCCGCGAGCUCAACGAGCAUCUCUUCUCGCUUCGCCUCGAUCCUACGCAGACCAGUACAGCCCUAACAGCCCCCUCGGCCGGCCUCCCUUACAACAACCAGCGCCUCGAGUUCCUAGGCGACGUCUUCCUCAAAGCGAUCUCUUGCGCGUACGUCUUUGCCCGCUCUGACAAGCGACUCGAAGGGCAUCUCCACCUCGAUGCAAGGGAGGUACUUUCCAAUUCGAGCCUGGUAGAGAAGACCAAGGACUUCCAGCUUGGCACGGUUCUCUGCACCCGCAGCUUCACGAGACGCAACUGGUGCCCACCCCUGCUUGAGGCUACCAAUCGCGAACCAAUUGAUCCGACGGAGAGGCUGAAUCAUGUGUCGCCAAAGAUGCUUGCAGACAUCGUCGAGAGUCUCAUCGGAGCCGCAGUGAGCACGACCUCCGGGACCAGCGAGGACGGACUCUGGCUCAAUGUCGACCUGGGGCUAUUUGCGUGCGUCCGAUUGGGCAUCUUGCCUUCCGAGAUUAAAAGCAUCGACGACAUCGCCAAGAGAUGGCGGGAACAAGUAGAGCCCAAGGCCAUCGCCGAGAGGUGGAAUCAGCGUCCCCACCGUGAGCGGCUGAAGCGACUGGAGGAGAUUUGGGGCCACCAUUUCAACAUGCCCCACCUAGCUCUCGAAGCAUUGACUCAUCCAGGCCACCUCAAUUCUGCCUUGCCCUCGUACCAGCGCCUUGAGUUCUUGGGUGACGGCUUGCUUGACCUCUUCAUCGAUGCUUGGCUCUUCAAACGCUUCACUCACUUCGACGAGGGCGAACUCACGGCCUUCAAGGGCAUGCUGGUCUCGAACAAAGCCCUCAGCGCGCUCUGUGAGGCCACAAAGCUUUACAAGUACCUGCAGACGGACUUUCAGCCUUCCCUCAUGAGUGCGAUUCAAGCUACGACGGCUGAACUCAAGUACGCGAGGGAAAGAGUCGACCGCUACGUCGAACAGAGGGGGCACACGGGUGACGACGAGGCAAAGAAGCAGCCGAAGCCUGCGCUGCACUACUGGAUCGGUCGCCCUGCUCUGAAGGCCCUCGCGGACAUAGUUGAGGCUUCUCUGGGCGCCGUCUUCGUCGACUCUGGCUUCUGCUUCCAGACGGCUUGGCGCAUGUUUUCGCGCGUCUACAUGCCGUGGUAUGAGCGAUACGCUACGGUUGAGGCGUAUGAGCAGAGGCUGCUGAUUGAGGAGCAGAAAAGGCAGGAGGGGUUGGCGAGGAGGGCUGAGAAGACGAGUAGGAUGGAGGAGUAGGUGUGUGGGGCAGUAAAGUGGCAACAAAUUCUCGAAUCUUCAUAUAUCCGAACUUCAUCAUAUCCUCGAAUUCAUCAUCUCGAC